CUUCUCUCUUCUUCAUUAUUCUUCUUCUCCGUUUCUCUCCUCUCGCGCCCCGGCCCCGCGCUGCGACGCGGCCGAGCUCCCCUCCGCGCCCCGCACUCUGCCCGCGCCGCGCUCUCCCCCCGUUUCUCCCGCCCGGGCCGCCGCCGCCGCUGCUGCUCCAGCUGGUGUCGGCGCCGCGCCUUCCGCCCCGCGCCGUCCCCGCAGCCUAUGGCCCAGGCCGCCUUGGGUAUUUCUGCUCAAGGGAACCACAUCCCUCUUUAAAAAUUCCGCCGAAAAAGAGAAGACGCUUUACCCGACUCUUUGGGCCGUUAUCUCACGGCGAACUUUCCGACCAAGUAUACAACUACCCAGAGGGCCUAGGAGAAGUGCUGUAUAGAGAGCAGUUCGACUUCAACGCUGAGCCACCUUGGGAACCUAGCUGAUGAUAGGGGGGUUCCAUCUCCUAACUUGUCCAUGGAGGUCUUCACUCCAGAAACCCAAGACUCAUAUUCAUCCAGCUUGGUGUCAAGUGGGCUGUUGCUGCCAGAAUAAUCUUGUGAUUAUUUGAGAGAUGUAUCAGUUUCUUCUGAAGUACAAUCAACUGUAGAAGCCUUUGUAGCAGUUUGUUGCAUAUUCUAAGGACCCAGACAUAAGGCUUGGUGGCCGGUCUCUUGUUUUUCCUGGUUUAUGACUUUCGGCUUUGUGGAAUACGGCUGAGAUGAAAGGAUUUAUUGACGAUGCAAACUACUCCGUUGGCCUGUUGGAUGAAGGAACAAACCUUGGAAAUGUUAUUGAUAACUAUGUUUAUGAACAUACCCUGACAGGAAAGAAUGCGUUUUUUGUGGGAGAUCUCGGGAAGAUUGUGAAGAAACACAGUCAGUGGCAGAAUGUGGUGGCUCAGAUCAAGCCCUUCUACACAGUGAAGUGCAACGCGACUCCAGCUGUGCUUGAGAUUUUGGCAGCUCUUGGCACUGGGUUUGCUUGUUCCAAUAAAACUGAAAUAGCUUUAGUGCAAGAACUGGGCGUAUCUCCAGAAAACAUCAUUUAUAUAAGUCCAUGCAAGCAAGUGGCUCAGAUUAAGUAUGCAGCAAAAGUUGGAGUGAAUAUCAUGACGUGUGACAAUGAAGUUGAAUUGAAGAAAAUUUCACGAAACCACCCAAAUGCCAAGGUCUUACUACAUAUUGCAACAGAAGAUGCUAUUGGAGGUGAAGAGGGUAACAUGAAGUUUGGCACUACCCUGAAGAACUGUAGGCACCUCUUGGAAUGUGCUAAGGAACUUGAUGUCCAAAUUAUUGGAGUUAAAUUUCAUGUUUCAAGUUCUUGCAAAGAAUCCCAAGUAUAUGUACAUGCACUAUCUGAUGCCCGAUGUGUGUUUGACAUGGCUGGAGAAUUUGGCUUUACAAUGAACAUGUUAGACAUUGGCGGAGGCUUCACGGGAACCGAGUAUCAGCUGGAAGAGGUUAAUCACGUCAUCAGCCCUUUGUUGGAUAUCUACUUUCCUGAAGGGUCUGGCAUUAAGAUCAUUUCAGAACCUGGAAGCUACUAUGUGUCUUCUGCAUUCACUCUUGCAGUUAAUAUUAUUGCAAAGAAAGUUGUUGAAAAUGAUAAAUUUUCCUCUGGAGUAGAAAAAACCGGAAGUGAUGAACCAGCCUUCAUGUAUUAUAUGAAUGAUGGUGUUUAUGGUUCUUUUGCAAGUAAACUGUCUGAGGACUUAAAUACCGUUCCAGAGGUUCACAAGAAAUACAAGGACGAUGAGCCUCUGUUUACAAGCAGCCUUUGGGGUCCAUCCUGUGAUGAGCUUGAUCAGAUUGUGGAAAACUGUCUUCUUCCUGAGCUGAAUGUAGGAGAUUGGCUUAUCUUUGAUAACAUGGGAGCAGAUUCUUUCCAUGAGCCAUCUGCUUUCAAUGAUUUUCAGAGGCCAACAAUUUAUUACAUGAUGUCAUUCAGUGAUUGGUAUGAGAUGCAAGAUGCGGGAAUUACUUCAGACACGAUGAAGAACUUCUUCUUUGUGCCUUCUUGCAUUCAGCUGAGCCAAGAAGAUAGCUUUUCCACUGAAGCUUAAACAGGCAUUAACGCUUCUUUAGAUCUGAAGUUGGCAGGUUAAGCUUGUCUGGUCUACAUUCCAGAGUGGGGGAAAAAAAAUCUAAUCUUAUUCUGUUUAUUCUCUUGAAAACAAAACUUAGUAAUAGCUAUUUGGGACCAGACAAAAUCAGCUUUCAUCAUAUUUCAUUGGGGAUAAUUGGGAGAUUUAGAUAAUGUAUCCAGAUAAAAACUUAUCAGUUUGUCCUACCCCUUAAGCGUUUAAAAUUAAAAUAUGCAACAAAAUGGAUGACUUAGUGGAGAUGGAAGCCCAUUAAUUGGGUUCCCCAUUAAACCGUUUACAUACAAGUACACAGUUUUUAUACUAAGGAUUCGUGUUUAAAAGUCUUGUAAAGUUAAUGUCUUUCACCCAGCUAGAGCAAAAUGUCAGUGGAAGACCAGUGUGACUUCAUUAGAUACGUUUAGUGUAUUUAGAAUGUGUGAAUUUGUGCUUUGAACUGUAGUUAAUAAAUGUAAAAUUGCAUCAUAGUAUUUGUUGUAUUUGACCUAAUGUAACCCUUGUAUGAUUGCAAUAAAUAUUUGUGUAGAUUUUACUGUUUUUUCAGCUAAAACUUGGGAAAGGGGCUAGCUAGCAAAGGUAGUUUUGAAAUAGAUGUGUAUAUGGACUGUUUUGAAGGUUUUUCCUUUAUAGCCCAUUACAGUUUAGUUUGGCUCAGUACCUUUUUCAGUUAUUUAAUUAGUAAUUUAAGUAAAAUGUUUGGUAAAUCAUUGUGAAGUUCAGAUUCAUUAUGGAGAGUUGAUGUGCAGUAAGCAUGAUGUUUAACAAUUUUAACACCAAAAAAAUGUUAAUCCUGCAUAAAGCAAUUGUAAUAAUAGGUGUUUCUGUAUAGAUAGAAUGCAAUCGCGUACCUUAGUAAAUCUUUGGAAUCAUAAAUCCGUUUGGCUGAAAUGGAAGAUUCUAUUAAAAACUUUGAAUAAACUUGGGGGAGGGAAUUAAAAUUGCAGAGAAAUCUGCAGCACACUGAAACUUAAAGGGCUGCAUCUUUAUCCAGAAACCUGUUGCUCUUUUGCACAGAAUAUUUAAAUUCAGCGUUGUUUGGGGUUGGGAUGAAGCACACCUGUUUUUUUCUCAGUUACAGUGGUUUUAAUCUGGGGGGGGGGGUUCUUUUUCUUUUUUUAAGCUACUCACUUAGUUUCUUAUUUCCCAUUUGUUCAGCUUAGUAAUUACUUUUCUUACUAAAAUUUCAUGGUGAUUGGGGGAAGAAAAUUUGCAUCAGCAACUGAGUUCGUUGCAAGGAAUUUGUAUUGUUCACUGCUAGUAUAUUAGGAAUCCUAGAUCUCAGAAUCACAAUAGUAAUAAAAUAAACAACAGGAGUCACAUUUUCCUAACUUCUUCCAUGUUUAGAUGUGGAAUUUCUGUCUCCCAAGAGGAAACGUGACUUCACUUUGGUGCCAAUGGACAGAAAAUUCUACCUGUGCUACAUAGGAGAAGUUCGGAAUGCAUUCAAUAGCUGGUUUUUUACACCUUGAUUUCAAGGUGAAAUGAAAUUGAUCAAGAGUCUAAUAAAUUUCAGUCUCUUUAAAACCAGUAGGUGCUUAAUCUUUUUGAUUUGAUUAAUGCCCAUUUGAAUGUCAUGGGUUCUGUUAAUAAAAAAAAAAUUUUAAAAAAAUUAAGGCCCCAUUCAUUGUCAUCUAAUUUCCCUUGGACUUUGCCAAGGUAUAAAUGGGGUUUUAUGCAAAAUUCCAAGCUACCAUGCAACUUUUUUAAACCGUAAAUGAAAAAUUAUUCCCACCUUUCUUCUCAUGUUGUGCUUUGUGGUCCAAGAAAUGCCAAACCUUUUAAAAUGGUACAACUUUGAGUCUUUGGCUUGAUAUACAGUUUUGAGCUUCGUGGUUUUGACAUAUCCAUAGAAUUGUUCUAUGUGCAAGAACUCAAAAUUGUAGGUAUCGCUUGUUAAUGAUGAGGUGACUUUAAGCAAUGUCUGUAUUGUAUUUGAAGACUGUUUGCCAUAAUUCUGAAGUUUGACCUUAUGUAUUUGAAUUUGGUAUGCUAAAAAUACUGAAUUAAUGUAACAAUUCUUUUUUAAAAACAAUAUUGUAAUCUCAGUUCAGAAUUUAACUGAAAAUAUAAAACCCAGAUGAUUUCUAUAUAGUAAAUUGAACUGUAAAGGUAAUUUGUGUGUGAUUCCGAAUACACAGAUAAAAUGCUUUUAUUCCUCCUGUUUUACUUUGACUCCUACCGUGGCAGUUGAAAUUUUACAUA